AUGGCUUCCAGAUCGCGGCCUCCUAGAGAACUCGAACCGCCCCGUGCAGUGAUCCGAAAUAGUAGAAAAGAAUCGUCUCGUGCGGACGCCGAUGGACGACAGCGCAAAAUAAUAAGCCCUGCUAGCUCUGAAGUGGAUAUUCCGAGAAGAAAGAUCUACGAUGACGCCAGCGCCCAAGACGCGGAUGCCGAAUAUCCUCCACUAUCGGAGCCUGAGAAUGAUGCCAACAUACGGUAUCGGCCAAUGGUUCCGUUCAGCUGGCGCAAUGAGAUAUGUAGGCUCCUAAACGUAUCUCCUGAUGCUCUAGAUGAAGAGGUCUUUCAGGCCAUGGGAAAAGCAGCCAAGAGUCUCAAGGAAGUUGAGAAAAUAAAGGCUAAAUACGAUGCUCAUCGAGGACCCCUACGAUAUGAGAUCAUACACUCGGUUCGCUGCGAGCAAUCCAAAAUGGAGGGUAGACGGUACCUGGACCAUCCGUGGGUAGUCGAGUCAGGGCCUAAUAAUGCUCACCUAAGAGGAAGUCAACCAAUCUUGAACUUUGAGUUAUUUCUCGAAAGAAACAAAGAGGUUGUUUUUGUUGUUUACAAAGAGUACAGAUGCUGCGGACAACAGUACAAUAGUCGUUCGAAAGCCUAUAUGGAACCUCAUCGCCAAGUCGAAGCUUCCUCACUAUUGGUUGCUGAGCACAUAUCAAUUAUCUCCUCAGACCUCAGCUCAGCUAUGGAGGACUUUUCAGAAACUGCGUUGGCGGAUAUUCCUCAUACUAACUUUGAAAAGGGCGAGGAAAUGAAACAUCCAUAUAUAUGGUGGUUCCAUCGUCGAAAGAAGAUCGAUGCAGCUCUUGACCAGUAUGCGUAUACCUCAUGGUCACCGAUGGCUAACUUGGUUCGUGAAUAUGUCCUUGAGCGCAUGGCAGAGGAAUGGGAGACAGUCGAUAAGCUGCUGGCCAGAAAGAAGAUAUCUCUCAAGUACAUGGAUUAUCUUUUCGUUCCUGACGAAAUCGCCAUAUCAACAGAAAAAGGGCGCGAUAUUUCAAAGCUUCAAGGCGUAGUAGUUCAAGGCUGGCUUAUUCGACAACCAGUACUAGACUACUCAGCAGUCAUUGAUGUCGUAUUCUGGAAGUUCGACGGCGCUUUUCGUAAAGCCUCUGAGAAGUUUCCAAUCAAAGACCUUCCUAUCACGCUACUUGAUGAGCUAGAGGAGUCAAAGAUCACAGAUUUACCGCUUUACCCUGUUAAGUAUGCUAGCCAUCAGACUACUCAAGUUCUACAAAAGCGCGGAAAGAUGUUCUGGAAAUGCAGGUUCCGGAAUUAUGUUGGGCUUUCUCAGGAGACUAGCGAGGAGGUUCAAGAUUCAAUCGGAUCUCGGUUCAUGGUCGAUAUUAUAACGUACAAGAAGCUACAUCGUGAAUCUAAUGUGCGGGCCCAGCGACAGUCAUCUCCAGGUCCAAACAGUCUUGAAUCAAGAUACAUGUCCCAGGAGAAUCCGGACCUUGGGGAUGACUUCUUUAUGUGUCUUCCAACUUCGAUUUUUGGGUUCAACAUGGAUAAGAAAGAAUGGGUCAACUUGGAUGUUCACUUCCUACGCGAUGUCGUUUGGAAUACUGAGGCUUUCGAUCACCUUGUUAUUCAAGAUGAGACAAAGCUCCUUAUACAAGCUGUAGUGACGAACCAGCUUCAAACCACAGAGAACGCUGAUCUCAUUCGCGGGAAAGGCAAUGGUCUUUUCAUUCUUCUCCACGGAGGGCCAGGUACAGGCAAGACACUCACUGCAGAAAGGUACAUUCUUCCCGUCUUGAUGGAUAAACAUCUAACAAGGAGCAGUGUUGCCGAAGUUGCAAGAAAGCCAUUAUAUAGAGUGACAUGUGGUGAUAUUGGCACCAAGGCAGAAGACGUCGAACAGUACCUGAAUGUCGUCUUACACCUUGGCAAGACCUGGGGCUGCGUUGUUCUUCUCGACGAGGCAGAUGUUUUCUUGGAGCAGCGAUCAUUAGUUAACCUUGAGCGAAAUGCUCUGGUGUCGGUAUUCUUACGCGUCUUGGAAUACUACGAUGGCAUCCUUAUCCUCACAAGCAAUCGGGUCGGAAUCUUUGACGAAGCCUUCAAAUCUCGCAUCCAGCUAAAUCUCCGCUACAAAAACCUCGACCAAGAUCAAAGACGACAGAUCUGGAUAAACUUCUUCACCCGUCUUAGAAGACUAGAAGAAGAAGCUUCCACAAAGCAAAGCGGUCUAUCUUACGGAGCAGAAGUGGAUGAGAUACUAGACAAGCUUGAUGAGCUAGCCGAUGCUAAUCUCAAUGGCCGACAGAUUCGAAACGCAGUGUCGACGGCAAGACAGCUGGCUAGGUAUCAGAAAGAGCCACUGUCGUAUAAGCAUCUCAUGGUUGUGAUUAACGAAGCGAAGAAGUUUGAUGAGUAUUUGUUGGAGUUGAAUAGGACUUACACGGCGGAUGAGAUUCAGAGGGACAAGGGAGCGCGGUAA